GAUAUUUGUUGUCAGUAUGUUAAGUGCACAUUGCAUUUUACCCAUUUCAGUUGCCUUCCAGCUAGUGAUUCAUUCCGCAGUGAUGUGGGGAAAGCGGUUGAAAAUUUAAUUCCUCCUGUACAGCACAGCCUUUUGGAUCGAAAAGAUAAAGAGUUGCUCAUUUGUCCUCCUGUUACUCGAUUCUUCUAUGGAUGCAAGGAAUAUUUGCAUAAGCUAUUAAUUCAGGGUGAUUCUUCUGGAAGGUUAAAUAUUUGGGACAUAUCAGACACCACUGAUAAGCAGGAAGGUGAAAAAGGACUGAAAAUGGCAAUUUCUAUUAGUUUACAAGAAGCAUUUGAUAAAUUGAAUCCUUGUCCUGCUGGAAUUAUAGAUCAGCUAAGUGUGAUUCCCAAUAGCAACGAACCUCUCAAAGUAACCGCGAGUGUGUACAUCCCAGCACACGGACGACUUGUUUGUGGCCGUGAAGAUGGAAGCAUAAUUAUUGUACCCGCCACACAGACAGCCAUAGUACAGCUGCUGCGAGGGGAACACAUGCUCAGAAGAGGUUGGCCACCUCACAGAACACUUCGUGGUCAUCGGAACAAAGUCACAUGUUUGCUAUAUCCUCAUCAGGUCUCAGCUCGCUAUGAUCAAAGAUACCUGAUAUCUGGAGGUGUGGAUUUUUCGGUCAUAAUUUGGGACAUAUUUUCUGGAGAAAUGAAACACAUCUUCUGUGUUCAUGGUGGUGAGAUCACUCAACUUCUAGUUCCACCUGAAAACUGUAGUGUAAGUUGAUUUCUAUAAAGGAUUAUUUCACUGUGGUAGAGCUGGUUCUGUUGCUGUUAGGUGUAUAGAUGGAACCUAGAGGACUGUAAAAUGUGGUGAGAGAAUUAACAAAACUCUUUUAAUUUCAACACUAAGAUAAUAGUGAUAAAUUUAGACAGAGUUAUGCUCAUUUACUGUGAACACAUAGAAGUAGAUCGUGGACAUAGCACUUUUCUCUUAUUAUU